UCUAGCUCUUCAGUUCAACAGAGAUCAUAUUCAAGCUGCCAACCCCAAGUCUAGUCAUUACGUAUAAUAGAUACACUUAUAUGUGUGAGUUGGUGGGUAUCACAAACCUUCCUUGGCUGGCCAUAAAGGUUGUGGAGAUAGGAAAAGAUCAUGAUCGAGCUGUUAUAAUCAUGCUCUCCAAACUACGUAGACACAAAUUUUCUUCCUUAUGUCCCAGGACUCUAUAGAACCGAGCAUAACUGUCGAUACAUCUAUUAAUGCGUAGAAAACCAAUGGACGAAAUCAAGCAAAUACCAGUGAUCAACGAGAAGGCCAUGAAUAAGGAAGAUGGAGCUGAAUCUGGAGCUGAAUCCAUAUCCGCUGACCAAGUACAAGAGCUGGACGCGAAGGCAACGAAAAGGCUCUUGCGGAAAAUUGACAUUCAUGUCCUUCCUAUGAUGUGUCUUAUUUGCCUACUUUGCUUCCUCGACCGCAGCAACAUCGGAAACGCGCGACUAGAUAGCUUGGAAUCAGACCUCCAUCUCACCGGUCUACAGUACAACGACUGUCUCGCCAUCCUAUUCCCAUUCUACAUAGCCGCGGAGAUUCCUAGCAAUAUCAUGAUGAAGCGCAUCCGCCCCGCAACCUGGCUCUCCCUAACCAUGCUCCUCUGGUCCAUCUGCACCAUCGGCCAAAGCUUCGUAGCCUCCUACCCGUCCCUGCUCACCACCCGCGCCCUUCUCGGUCUCUUCGAAGGCGGCUUCUUUCCGGGCGCAAACUUCUACGUGACGCAAUGGUACCGGCGCGACGAGUGCGGGCUGCGGAUGGCCGUCAUAUUCUCGUGCGCCACGAUCGCGGGGGCCUUUGGUGGGGUGCUGGCUAGGGGUAUUGCUGAGAUGAGCGGGAUGGGUGGGUUGGCGGCUUGGUCGUGGAUUUUCUUGAUCGAGGGGCUGGCGAGUGUGGUGGUGGCGGUGGGUGCUUUUUGGGGUGUUUGCGAUUAUCCGGCGAGCGCCACCUUCCUAACGCCCCUCGAGCGCAACGCAGUCCAGCACCGCCUCGCCACCGACACCGGCUCCCUCUCAUCCUCCCCCUCCUCCUCCUCGCCCUUCUCCACCAAACCCAUCCUCCUCGCCCUCCGCGACUGGAAGAUCUACAUCCACAUGCUAAUCUGCAUGGCUGGUUUCUGCCCCGUGUACUCCUUCUCCCUAUUCCUACCCACCAUCAUCCGGAACAUGGGGUACUCGGCCAACACCGCACAACUGAUGAGCGCGCCGCCGUACGUGCUCGCGUGCGCCUUCACCGUCGGCGCCAGCGCGCUCGCGGACCGGUGUCGGCGUCGCGGGGUCUUUUUGCUGGGAUUCCAAGGCGUCGCCAUGACAGGGUUCGUCGUGUUGUUGGCGGCGGGCGGGAGGCCGGGUGUGCAGUAUGUCGGGACGGUGUUGGCUGCGAUUGGAAUAUACCCGCAGAUCCCGCUCGGCCUGGCCUGGAACAGCAACAACAUCGGUGGGAGCCUGAAGCGCGCAACGGGGAUUGCCAUGCAGGUCAUGGGCGGCAACUGUGGCGGCAUCGUAGCCUCCUAUGUGUAUCUUUCAAGAGAUGAGCCGCGCUUCGUAGUCGGUCAUAGUAUUUUGAUCGGAUUCAUCGGGAUGGCCUUCGUAUUAACGCUAUUCAUGACUACAUGGUGCCGCAGAGAGAACAUCCGACGUGAUGCUGCUGCCGAAGGGGAAGCGAUGGCCAAUGAGUUAACAGCAGAGCAGAAAGAGUUGGAACAGGAGCUUGCUGACGACAAUCCAUGGUUUAGAUAUACUAUUUGAUCUACUGGGUAGCAUAUGGGUAGAAUAUAACAACCCUCGUAGUGGCAACCACUAUUCUUAGAAGCUAGAUACCAGUUAUAAAAGCCAUGUUGGAUAAUGGACCAUCCCCUACCUAGGUACCUAAUCACCCUGACACGCCGUUUAGGGGCUCCUCAGGAAGCAGCAUAGUAUACAAUACAGUAGAAUCCCACGAAACUAAAGAUAACAAUAAAAAUGUUAAUAAUAGUAAGAAGCACAUGUAUGUGGUGUAUUUUGCAGCAACUCGUUUGUAAUAGAGCUUGUAAGUCCUUCAUCAUGAUGACCUAGAUAUCAUCCAGGGGCUAAAUACCGUUUGGCGACAGAUACUACUAG